AUGUUCAACAAAGAAGCUGAAGUGUCGAUCGAAGAAUGCAGUAUCGACACGAAAAGAAUAAAUAAGGCAGCAGCAGAAGGAAAAGUCCGAGUCCGUUCCAUUUCAGAGGAACCUCCAACUUCCAGGAACGCGUCAAUGGCGGCAGCAGAAGCAGCUUCACAGUGCAUCUUCUGCCAGAUCGCCAGCAAAUCCACCUCUACCACUCUCCUCCACACUGAUGACAAGGUCGUUGCUUUUCAAGACAUCCGCCCGGCUGCUGUAAGGCAUUACUUGGUUAUUCCUGUGGAUCACAUUCCAACUGUUAAGGAUCUUCAAAGGAAACCUGAAGACUACUCUUUGGUAAAUCACAUGUUAGAAGUGGGGAAAACGCUAAUUCAACGAGAUGCACCUCAAUGCCAUCGGUACAGAUUUGGCUUUCAUCAACCUCCAUUCAACUCUGUUAACCAUCUUCACCUCCAUUGUUUCGCACUGCCAUACACACCCAGAUGGAAGUGUAUGAAAUAUAUAGCCAUUGGACCAUUUGGAUUUCUUGAGGCUGAAAAGUUGCUGGGGAAGAUAAAGCCUCUGCCACAAGUUAUUUCUAAAGUUUGA